AUGGCCUCUUUGGAGACAAAUGGCAAUAGAGUCCAGGCCAAUGACGCUGUUCCAAAAACAGGCAUCAAAGUAAUCAUUGUCGGUGCAGGUUUUGGUGGCCUGUCCACGGCCAUAGAAUGCAUCCGUCAUGGCCACACACCUGUAAUCUACGAGUCUUUCCCCUCUCUCAAGGUUCUUGGCGACAUCAUUACUUUCGGACCUAAUGGGGGUCGCAUCUUCGCACGCUGGAACGACGGUCGCGUUGCGCGUGAAAUGCGCAAGGUCUCCAUCGACUUGACUAAUUAUGGUUUCAACAUUCACAAGUGGGAUACCGGAGAGAUAGUAGUCAAUCAAAAGACGCCACCGCGCAAUGAAGAGGUGCCGAACUUCAACGGGCAUAGGGGUGAGCUUCAUGAAAUUGUUUUUGAAUAUGCAAAAGAGAUUGGUGUAGAAAUCAACUUGGGACAAAAGAUCGAGCAUUACUGGGAGGAUGAGAAGGAAGCAGGCGUUGUGCUCGCGGAUGGAACGAGAGUGGCUGGCGACGUUGUAGUGGCAAGUGAUGGUGUCAGAAGCAAAGCCAGAACACUAGUGCUCGGAUAUGAGGACAAACCAAAGAGUAGUGGGUAUGCGGUUUGGAGAGCAUGGUUCUCGAACAAAGACAUGAUUGCGGAUCCGGAGACUAAGCAGUUUUGUGAGAAUGGUGAUACAUUCAAUGGCUGGAUUGGACCAGAUGUACACUUUCUUUUCAGUACAAUAAAGAAUGGCUCGGACUGCUGCUGGGUUUUGACCCACCGCGAUUCGCAUGACAUCAAGGAGUCCUGGUCAUUCCCUGGCUAUCUCAAAGACGUGCGCAAGGUCCUUGAAGGCUGGGAUCCUAUGUGCUGGAAAAUCGUUUCUAAGACGCCGGAAGAGAAACUGGUAGAUUGGAAGCUUGUUUACCGGGAUCCGCUGCCCAACUGGGUCUCUGGAUACGGAUCUGCACCCGGUCAUGGUCGCAUAUGUCUACUAGGAGACGCCGCUCACCCAUUUUUGCCGACGAGCGCACAAGGCGCAACUCAGGCGUUGGAAGACAGUGUUACGCUGGCAGUGUUGCUGAGGAAGGCAGGUAAAGGGAAUGUGAAAGGAGCGUUGAGAGCAUACCAAGAUGUACGGUACGAACGUGUGAAAGCGGUGCAGAAGACUGGGGAGACUACUAGGGAUAUGUGGCACAAGACGGAUUGGGAGAAGGUGAAGAAAGACCCUACUAUCAUACAGUUCCCAAGAGAGGAUUGGGUAUUCCUGCAUGAUGCGCAGAAGCAUGCGGAAGAAGUAGGAGAUGAGGCGAUCAAGAAGGCUACGAGCGUGGCCACGUAG